CCCGUUUGGGUUUGGGUCAGGCUGCCGCUGGUCUGGACUUGGCUCAGAGUCGGCGCGGAAUCGACGGCGGCCAGAUUGGACCGUGUCCUCAUUAUAGCCGGCGGGCCAAACGAGCCCAGUUCGGCCAGCUUUCGGCAGGUUUCGACAGACGCGAGCCCGCGGCGGAACGCGUUUCUUAUACGACGCCACGGGACGCCGCAUCCUCACUCGUCUCGAGAGAUCGCGGGCGGAGGGCGUGCGGUAUAGUCGAGCUUCGCCGCUGGGGCAAACGAGACCUGAAGCGUCGUGGAUCGGCUCUCGCGCUCAGGAGCGCCUCCGCUACACCAGACAGUCCCCCGGCGGCAGAUGAGCCGCUUCAGCCGAGGAGUUGUGUUCCAGUUUUUUCACCGGUCCUUCAACGAGCCGUCGAGAGGCUCAAAUCUCCCACCCGACGAGCGAAUCGCUGGGCGAGCGAAGCAACCGCGGGCGGAGAGCCACCGCACGUCGCGACACCGCGCCUCUUCCCCUGUUCGCACAUGAGCUCCUCUCGCGGCCAACGCUAAAGUCGAGGCGACCGACAGGCCGGCGAAAGGUGCCACGAUGACCAACGAAGACGUCGGCUCGAAGCUGGACAAGAACAUGAUUCUGUACAAAAACAAGAUCCGAAAACCCAAGAAACCGCACUACAUCCCGAGGCCGUGGGGAAAGCCUUACAACUUCAAGUGCUUCCAGUGCCCCUUCACCUGCCUGGAGAAGUCGCACCUGUACAACCACAUGAAGUACAGCCUCUGCAAGAACUCGCUCUCGCUCGUCAAGGAGGCGCUGGCCGAGAAGGCGACGGCGCGGGAUGGCCUGUCGGGCACCGACGCCAAGCUCGCGCACAGGCCCGGCAGGGGCCUCGUAUCGCGCAAGGGCGGCGACGUCGUGCUGGUGCCGGAGGAGGACGGUGUGCGGGCGACGGAGUCGUUCAGCAAGGAGAACGAGACAGACGACGCCGACCGGGCGGGCGACGAUGAGGACGACGAGGACGACGACGACGCGGACCGCGGGCUCGAGUCGCCGGACGAGGUCAAGCGGAAGCUGCUGGAGAAGGUCCGCCGGGAAAUGCAGCCCGACGACAUCGUCAUCACCAACGUGUACUCCGUGCAGAAGCAAGCGCCGCCGCGCAAGGGCGAGGACCGCGCCGCCGAGCGCGGGUUCCCCUUCCCGUCGCCCGCUGCCCAAGUGGCCAGGGCCCAGGGGCCGGCGCCCCGACUCGCGGCGCCCUCCAUGACGUGCUACCCUCCCCCGCCGCCGCCGCCGCUGCUCGGCGGCUUCGAGAGCCAGCGCCAGCAGCUGCUCUCGAGCCUGCGGGCCGGGCCGACCCUGCUGGCCGCCGCCAACUACCCGAGCCUCUACCCGUAUCUCGGGCCCCUGCUCGCGCACGGCGCCCAGCCGCCGCCGCCGCUGCCGCUGAGCUACCAGCACUUCGUGCCACACCUCAACGGGCUGGCGGGUGGCACGCGGGUACCCGUCGGCGCCGGCCAGUUCUUCCACUCCCUGCCGAGCCUCCUGGGCCUCCAGGGACAGCUCCGCAUGCCCCACGUGGCGGAGGCCUGGCAGGACCUGCAGCAGCAGUACUGCGGCGGGGUCAGGGGCGACGUCAAGGCGGGGAAGCCUUUUGAAAUCUCCAACCUCAGCCAGCUGCGGGGCAAGAAGGUUCCAACCGUGGUUCUGACGUCCAAAUGCUGGCCGCACGGCAGUAACGGCUUCAAGCCGGACACGGCACUUCUGGAUAACCACGCCGCCAAGACGAGGGCCGGCGGCGAGCCGCCCCCGAAGGUGCCGAAGCCGCCGCCAAAGCCGAUGGUGGAGGCCCUCCCGUUCGCCUCCGUGCUGCCGCCGAAGAAGGACUCGGGAAAACAGCUGGCGCAGGCUCUGGACAUGAGCAGGGUGAACGGCCACUCGAUGGCGGGCAGCGCGCAAUCGUCUCCCAGCAGCAGCAGCAGCAGGAGCUGCAGCGUGAGCAGCUUCAGCAGCGCCAGCCCGGUGGGCGCGGAUGCCAGCCGCUCGCCGCACCUCCAGCCCUCCUCGCCGCCCGUCAGCAGAUCCCAGCAAGCCAAGAGGAAAUUCUCGCUGCCGUGCAACCUCCCUGUGCUGGGCCCCCACUGCGGGAUCCCCCCGAGCGCCGGCCUCCAGCAGCAGCAGCAGCACAGGCCCGGCUCGGCCAAGCCUCCGGGGCACACGGAGAGGCCGCUCAACUUCAGCGUCAGCUCCCUGCGAGAUCCGACGGCGGGCGCCGCCGGCUCGUUCCACGGCGGGGGCAAGUUCGCGAUCGACGGCGCCAACGCCGGCGUUGGUGCCAUCGAGUCAGGAUCCGGGCACCCACGCAGCGCCCUCGCGACCGAAAACGCCGACGCUCGCUCCGCCGAAGCGGCGGCGGCCGAGCUCCAACAGUCGGCGGACGACGUGGAGAAGGAGCUGUCGGCCUACGAGCGCGUCGCCAGGUCCAUGUCCGAGGACGGCAAGCAGGGCCCCGAGGUGCAGGAGAGGCUGAGGAGGAUCCGGCAGGAGCUGGCGAGCCUUCAGAAGGAUCUGACCCUGGAGAGCCUCCAGAGGGACCGCGACGCGGGCGCCAUCGACCUGUCGCGCAGGAACUCCGGCGAACGGCGCGCGGCGGAUGACGCGAGGCCCGCGUGCGGGUUUCUAACGACGACGGACGCCCGCAAAGCCCCCGCGCCGGGCGGCGCCACGGACGAGGACGACAAAGCGGCGGAGCGGAGCGACCCCACGCGGGCGCCGAGGUCGCCAAACGGCGGUGCCAAAUGCCUCGACCUUCGUCUCAAGUGCGCGGCCGCGGCGAAGCCGUGGCGCGGUUUCGCCGGCUUGAACGGCGACGCGCAGGCGCGCCCCGACGCGCCCUCGCGGCGCCACGCCGGCUCCGCGGCGGCGGCCAAGCCCGGCGUCGUCGCCGUCCCGCCCGGCGACACAAAGAACCAGGAGCGAGCGGCGAGAGAGCACGACGGGAAGAGGAGCACGGCGAGGGACUUUGACUGCGAUGACGUGGCUCCGGGCAAACGGCGGCACCUGUCGCGCGAUCACUCGAGCUACCCCUUUGCGUGAUUCGGGACUUGAACGGUAUUCUGGGCCAUCUCUAGGGGGAAGGGGCCUGGGACAAACCACAACGUGUGGGCCCCCCCCCCCCCCCCCCCCCGACGCCUUCAAACAUCUCGUGCCGUGACGUCGAAGCGCGGGCCCCCCCUGGGGCACGGCACUGGCGGCAUCUGCAGUCGUGGGUCAGCUGCUGGCGUGCGGGUUGUAGCGUGCGGGUCGUAGCGUGCGUGAGUGCGCCUUUGUUGGACACGCAUGCCUCAGGUUCCCCUUUGAGAAAGGAAAAGGUUUCCCGCCCCAUAGUCACGGCACCACAAAAGCAAAGGGGCGACCGUUAUUAUUUUUGAGCGCGCGUUUGUAAAUUGUAAUGAGAGCAAAACGCCGCAAAUGUCAUGGAAAAGUUACGGCAGAAACAGUUUCGGCCACAUAAAGAUGCGAUAUUAAACACUGCAAAGUUACGGACGUUCAACAUAGGCGGAUUGGUUGUAUUCCGUACACGUGUUUAUGUAUGUAUGUAUAUUUCCACACGUUUUUAUACGAAUGAACGAAGUGGUUUAUUGAUGAUAAGCUACAGCAGAUUAUUUGUAUUAUUUGUAGGGCUCGGUAGUGCAACCACGUGAGAUGGCUCGUGAGUGGACAUCAGUCACCCUCACUCUUACGUGGAUCAAUCGAAUCGCGAUUGUAAAAUCCAUUAUUUACAACGUACUUCGGGUCAUAUCAGCGGUGGUCAAACAACGCCCAUAACUGACACGGCGUGGAGAGGACUUUAUCCAGCAGUGGAUUAGCAGAAGGCUGGACAGCCAUUAUAUAUUUUUUUAUCGAUAAAUACAUUUUCGCUCAACAUGACAUUCGUCCCAAUACACUGAACGUAACCGUGCAGGAAACAGGACAAACGAUGGGGGGGAAACCACGCCGGGGAGUGAGACAAAAAACUAAAUCGCGGAUUCUCGGAUCGAAUCACGACCACGCACGCACCGGGGUUGACGAAUCGAUCUGGCCACCGGGGAAACGAGGGCUGUGAAUCACGGGAGGCUUAGCGUCUACGCCCGACCCCCCGCAGGUUCAGAGACUCCAGCACAUUGCGAGUUUGACGCAGGCCAGAGCCAUGCUGUGGUUUAGUUGUCACACUACAAAGCCGCCCGUUAUGAGUCCACACACCCAUAUCGAAGCUCAGGGUGAGUUCGUGAUGAUUACGAACGAUCGGAAAGUUUAUUCACGUGAUAAGAAUCUCCAUUUGAUCAAGAACGACAUGAUUUUGUGGCUCAAUUGUUAUCGUGUUCUCCAGAUUAUAAAGUUUGAGGUGCGUAUUAUAAUCCGGCAGGUGUGUGUGUGCAGAGGUGUGCUUAGAACCUGCCAACCCGGGUUUGAUUCCCGCUCACGGCCAACGCCAGUGACGAUUAUCUGAACCAGUCCUGGGCCUCCCCAAGGUCGACUCAGAUUAAAAUAAUUAGUGCUUGGUAUGAUGUGUAAACAUCGCCACUAGGGAGACAAGGGCAGCCGGGCGUGCUGCUGGCCACCCACUCCCUCGUGUGCCAUACCAGCCUUCAUAGGUGCUUGCUAACAGCACUUGCCCCUACAGUCUGUUCAAGCUACAAGGGGGAUAUUUGUCUUUGUCUGUGACUUAAUUGAUACUGGGCACAAGUCGGGAUGUGUCUUGUUUUCCGCAGCCCUCUUAUAACCCAGAGAAUACGGUAAUUACAAUUAUUGCUGAUCACUUAAUGACAUGACAGGAAUUUGUAGGUGGUAUGUUUACACUCACUGUAAACCUCAGAUUGCUGCAUGUGUAUAUUACGGUUAAUAAAUGCAAACGCAAGACAUGUUUUAAAGCUAAAUUAUUUCCAAAAUGAAGGUGGCGAUACUGCAGGUAUAUAGUUAAGCGUACGGACAUCAGUAAAAAUGUAAAUGUACAUAAAAUAAAUUAUUUAAGUGCGUACACUGCUCUCAACAGCACUUUCCCAAUCAAAAGUCGCACAAAAGAGAUAUAAAACCUCGUACAAUUCAGACAAAUUACCAAAGGAUUAACCAACUGCCAGGCUUAGAUAAGGGUGGUCCCGUGGCCAAUGAUAAGAGCGAGGCAAGGACGGUCCCCCAACCCUGGAUAAAAAAAAAGCCGGUUUAUUAUGCUUCACCGGAAGCUCUGCUGUGAACACGCCACACGGGACAUCAACACCGCUCGGCAACCCCAGCCGGUGGGCCCGGGGCCGGGUUCACGUAAGCCUCAUAAGCGACACUUUUUAAUUCGCCCCGAAUGUUUUUUUUUAUGUAGAGCAAACAAAGCACAAGUAAUCGAUCGUGACACAUCUGUAAAUACAGCCGAAAACGCAUUCUCAACGCCUGAACGAUGUUAAUCCUAAAAACGAUAAUGCACUCGCUUGCAUGUAGCAUCAUCUAAAUAAACUCGUUGUCGUUGCGAUGGUGAGAGGCCUCGUCCGUUGCGUCACAUCAACGCAGAGCCGUCAAGUAGAUUGGCGACCCACGAUUCACUCGUUCACUCUGCUCGCCGGUGGGCAGUCGCCUCCUCAACACUCUCUUAUCGCUACUACCGUGGUGACUGUUCCUGUGAACUUCGCUCAUUGAUUCCUCUACCCACGCAGAGGACCCGAGUCUAUCAGACAGACACUCACCAUUCCAUCUCACCCCUGCUAUGAUCAACCAUCGCUACACCGCAGGGCACAACUCAUUCGCUCAAUCACCCACCACACUGCAGGGCAAAACUUGCUCACUCACCCACUCACUCAGCCACUCACUCACUCACCCACUCACCCACCACACUGCAGGGCAAAACUCACUCACCCACUCACUCACCCACUCACCCACUCACUCACCCACCACACUGCAGGGCAAAACUCACUCACCCACUCACUCACUCACCCACUACACUACAGGGCACAACUCACUCACCCACUCACUCACUCAGCCACCCAUUCACUCACCCACCACACUGCAGGGCCAAACUCACUCACUCACUCACCCACUACACUACAGGGCACAACUCACUCACUCACCCACUCACCCACUCACUCACCCACCACACUACAGGGCACAACUCACUCACUCACCCUCUCACUCACCCACUCACCCACCCACUGCACUGCAGGUCACAACUCACUCACCUACUCCCUCACCAACCACACUGCAGGUGACCACACCUCUCUUCCUGUGUCUUCCCUCGCACUACUCAUCUUUGGAGUUCCCCACCAACGUCUCUAUUCCCAAGCAAUAGCAACCUCGCUCCAUUCAAGAGACGUGUUUAUAACUGUCAUAUAUUACAACUUUGACCGUGCCGUUUGUCGCUGGCCGUUUGAUGUCUUGGGUCUUUGGGCCCUGUGCUCAGCCAUCGUAUUAAAAUAAAAUCCCAUUUUAUUGGAUGUCAGAUUUGUUUGGCGUUAUUUGGGAUGUAAUUCCACACCUUCGGAUUUAAAUGUAUUACAUCACGAUAUAGUUUAUUGUAUGCGCACACCAUCUGAUUAAUCUCAAAAUCGCACGUAAACACACGCACGCAUGAAUCAACAAAACAAUAACAGGCUGUACGCAUUCUUAAUCAGAUCAUGUCUAAGCUAUUUGUAGCUCCGGCCAUAAUUAAAUCAGUUGCAGUCCAAGAUGUUAAGUUGUACACAAUCCUGGGGGCAUGUUAAUGAAGCCAAUUAAAUGGGGUUCGCUCAGAAUGAGCAGUCUCAACAACGGGGCUAUUAACCGCAAUCCCUCCGUGAUCUCGGAAAGGAGCAUUCACCACCGUCACGCAAACUCCGACCAUCCUCUCAGCAGCCAGAUUUUGGCUGGCCAUCGAACAAAGACGGUCACUGCAUUGCGGCGCUUUCACAUGCGCUUCUGCGACCGUCUGGAACGCUCUUCCUUCCGAUAUUAGGAAGCCACUGGAGCAAUGCACUUUUAUAUCCAGAUUGACAAACUAAUUUCUUUAGAACUGCUUUUUGUGUUAAGUUUGUUUUCCUUUCCCUGAACCUCCCGAUUAGCACGGUUGGCUACGUACGGUGCGAAAGAAGUUCAACAUACAUACAUUAAUAUCUUGGGCAAACGAACAUUUGGGAAGAAAGGUGUGUUCCCUUCGGAAACAAUGAGAGGCUCCCUUUCAAAACUCUUGCACGCAUUUAAUGGGACGGGCCUGAUGCAAAAUAGAAGCGCACUGGGUAAUCUCAGCUAUUGCUGCAUAAUUUGAAAUAUCAUCCCUCUUGAGAGGCCCGUAUGGCAUGAAAUGUUUACUCUGGACAGACGCGUGCGUGAAAUUACACCGAGAGACACAAAGGGGAACCCGUGGAUCGGAGAAAAUAUGUAGGUUAGCGACACCGAUACCGCUUGACAAGAAAGGGAUAGAAAGAGUCUGAGAAAACGUCCAACCAAAGGGAGAUGGAACCAGCAGAUUCAGCUGGUGUGCAGGCGCUACGUGGAUUAUUACAUCGCAAUGUCGUGAGAGAUGGAACCAGCAGAUUCAGCUGGUGUGCAGGCGCUACGUGGAUUAUUACAUCGCAAUGUCGUGAGAGAUGGAACCAGCAGAUUCAGCUGGUGUG